AUGAACCCCACCAUAAUGCAUAAGACUUCGGUCACCGACGUCCACCCUAUCACAACUCUUCCGGACGAGAUCGUCUCAGAAAUCCUCGUUCGCUGUCUCGCUCCAUACCCAGAAUGCCCUCCAAUUUCGGGUCCGGAAUCCCCCACAAAUUUCCUUGGUGUUUGUCGGCAUUGGCGCAUGAUAGCGCUGCAUAGCCCUAAUCUUUGGCGGGGAAUACGAUUGGCUGCUCAUCGUCGGCAUCCUUUUGGAGGUUUUUCAGAUGCAAUUGGACUGAAACAAAUCGAUGUGUUGAAGAGUUGGCUGCAACGCUCGGGCAGCUGCCGUCUUUCCCUCCAUCUAAAUUUCCUUGGCGCUGACGACUCCUCGACGGACGUAUAUAAGGCCCUGUUCAAUGUUGUCGCUUCUGAACGCCACCGCUGGGAAUAUCUUUUCAUUUAUAUACCGCCUGUGCAGGUUCAGCUGCUCUCUGGCCCCGUUCCCGCACUUGUCAAGAGCACAGUUAUCACCAACUGGAAGACAGAGCGACAUGUAAUUUCAUUCGACAACGCGACUCUCCUACGCUCUGUCUGCUUCUGGAACGUUUCAUUUGGACCCGACUCCUUUGAAUGGGCACGAUUAACAUCACUAUCCCUUCUCAAUGUACAAGCAACCGAGUGCAUCCCAGUUUUGGCGGCGGCCAUCAAUCUACUCCAAUUUCGACUGUACUGCAGCGACCGCUUGUUGCAGAAUGAUGUUCAAAUAACACUCCCUCACCUGGAAACAAUCGUUCUUGCAGGGAACCUCCCGCCAGUGAGCACCAGCGCAGAGUCCUGCAAGUGGCUACCAAGUUUGACACUGCCGGCUCUUCGGAACCUCGAAAUCUCGGAACAUCGACUUGGGCCCCUUGGUGUGAGCUGCCUGCGAGCCUUCAUGGCCCGCUCCAACUGUCAUUUAGAGCACUUGCGCAUCACGUGCAUCCAGAACGAAGAGAUAGGACUGGAGGCGCAGUGUCGUAGCGCGUUCCCCGCUAUUGCAACAAUACGCAACGAGAGAUUAAAGUCUGAGGGAUGCUCCCAUACCGAGCAUUGGCGGACGGAAGAGUAUUGGGUCCAAGAUAGUCCCAAUUAG